AUGAGGUCCUUCAAAGCAUCCCUGGUGCUUGUCCUCUCGGCACUCCACAAUUCCCCCGUAAUCGAUGCCCUUCCUUCCCCUGGUGGUCAGAACGUGCAGGACGUUUAUGCACCACCUGUCCUACGACCCAUGAAUGGUGAAGUGUUAACUGCGGGUCAAGUUUUCCGGGUCGUCUGGGACGUAACUUCUCCUCCGCACCAAAUCACCAAUCCCUUUGGAGUGAUCAAGCUUCGGAAGGGAAACUAUACCAUGUCAGGUUCUCUCGCAGCUGGCUUCAGCAUUCUCCAGGGAUCAGCGCCGAUCGUAAUUCCGCCUGUUGCAGAAGGCGACGACUAUCGCAUUGUCUUAUUCGGUGAUUCUGGAAACUGGAGCCCACCCUUUCGCAUCGUCCCACCAAGGCGUCCUGUACACUGUCACAAUUAG